GGGCUGUGUGACCCAGGGCCUGUUUGCCGAACUGGAAGGAAGUAGAAGUGCUGAGUAAGGCGAGGCUGAGGCGGAAGGCGGCGGGCGCCCCCACCAGCCCCGUGGAAGAUGCAGUUCCUGGGCCGCCUGGUCAGCACCCUCAGCGGCGUCACCACCUUGUUCACAAACCCGUUCCGGGUGAAGGAGGUGGCAUUGGCCGACUACAGCUCCAGGGGCCGGGCUUGGGAGGAAGGGCAGCUGAUUCUGUUCCAGAACGCUUCCCGUCGCGCCUGGGAGUGCGUCCUGGUCGACCCCAGCAACGCACAGAGCGGAUUCCGACUCUUCCAGCUGGAGGCGGAGGCCGACGCCCUGGCGCACUUUCAGCUGUUCUCGGCCCAGCUGCCGCCCUUCUACGAGAGCUCUGCCCGAGUCCUGCAGGUGGACGUGCUGCAGCAGCUGACCGACCUCAUCCGCAGCCACCCCAGCUGGUCCGUGGCCCACGUGGCGGUGGAGCUGGGCAUCCGAGAGUGCUUCCACCAUAGCCGCGUCAUCAGCUGUGCCAACAGCAGGGAGAACGAGGAGGGCUGCACGCCCCUGCACCUGGCCUGCCGCAAGGGCGACGCGGAGAUCCUGCUGGAGCUGGUGCAGUACUGCCAGGCCCAGAUGGACGUCACCGACAACAACGGGGAGACCGCCUUCCAUUACGCCGUCCAGGGCGACAGCACCCAGGUGCUGCAGCUCCUCGGGAAGAACGCGUCGGCCGGCCUGAACCAGGUGAACAACCAAGGGCUGACCCCGCUGCACCUGGCCUGCCAGAUGGGGAAGCAGGAGAUGGUCCACGUGCUGCUGCUGUACAACGCUCGCUGCAACGUCCUGGGGCCCCGCGGCUACCCCAUCCACACGGCCAUGAAGUUCUCCCAGAAGGAGUGUGCUGAGAUGAUCAUCAACAUGGACAGCAGCCAGGUGCACAGCAAAGACCCACGCUACGGCGCCAGCCCCCUCCACUGGGCCAAGAACGCGGAGAUGGCCCGCCUGCUGCUGAAACGAGGCAGCGACGUGAACGGCACCAGCUCUGCGGGCAACACUGCGCUGCACGUGGCGGUGAUGCGCGGCCGCUUUGACUGCGUGAUGGUGCUGCUGACCCACGGGGCCCACGCCGACGCCCGCGGAGAGCACGGCAACACGCCGCUGCACCUGGCCAUGUCGAAAGACAACGUGGAGAUGGUCAAGGCCCUCAUUGUGUUCGGGGCAGAGGUGGACACCCCAAAUGACUCUGGGGAGACUCCUGCCUUCAUAGCCUCCAAGAUCAGCAAACUUGCCACCAGGAAGGUACUCUUAACCCUGCUGAGAUCCAUAGGGGCCAGCCACCACUUGCCACUCCUCCCAGGGACCCCCACGGAGCCGGGCUCCCCAGCAGCACAGCAUUUCUCCUGUUCCCUGGAGAGGUCUCAGCCCCUGCCACCAGCAAUCAGCUUAAACAACCUAGAGCUGCAGGACCUCGUGCACAUCUCCCGGGCCCGGAAGCCGACCUUCAUCCUGAGCUCCACGCGGGACGAGAAGCGCACCCACGACCACCUGCUCUGCCUGGACGGAGGGGGUGUGAAAGGCCUGGUCAUCAUCCAGCUCCUCAUCGCCAUCGAGAAGGCCUCGGGCAUCGCCACCAAGGACCUGUUCGACUGGGUGGCCGGGACCAGCACGGGAGGCAUCCUGGCCCUGGCCAUUCUGCACAGCAAGUCCAUGGCCUACAUGCGCGGCGUGUACUUCCGCAUGAAGGACGAGGUGUUCCGGGGCUCGCGGCCCUACGAGUCGGGGCCCCUGGAGGAGUUCCUGAAGCGGGAGUUUGGCGAGCACACCAAGAUGACGGACGUCAGGAAGCCCAAGGUGAUGCUGACGGGGACGCUGUCCGACCGGCAGCCGGCCGAGCUCCAUCUCUUCCGGAAUUACGAGGCCCCGCAGUCUGUGCGGGAGCCUCGUUUCGGCCAGAACAUUAACCUAAAGCCUCCGACUCACCCCUCAGAGCAGCUGGUGUGGCAGGCGGCCCGGAGCAGCGGGGCAGCGCCCACCUACUUCCGGCCUAUUGGGCGCUUCCUGGACGGCGGGCUGCUGGCCAACAACCCGACGCUGGACGCCAUGACGGAGAUCCAUGAGUACAACCAGGACAUGAUCCGCAAGGGUCAGGGUGACAAGGUGAAGAAACUCUCCCUCGUCGUCUCUCUGGGGACAGGGAGGUCCCCACAGGUACCCGUGACCUGUGUGGACGUCUUCCGCCCCAGCAACCCCUGGGAACUGGCCAAGACUGUUUUUGGAGCAAGGGAACUGGGCAAAAUGGUGGUGGACUGCUGCACGGAUCCAGACGGGCGGGCCGUGGACCGGGCCCGGGCCUGGUGCGAGAUGGUCGGCAUCCAGUACUUCAGACUGAACCCCCAGCUGGGGAUGGACAUCAUGCUGGACGAGGUCAGCGACUCGGUGCUGGUCGGCGCCCUCUGGGAGACCGAGGUCUACAUUUACGAGCACCGAGAGCAGUUCCAGAAGCUCGUCCAGUCGCUGCUGUCACCGUAGGGCCGCCAGGCCCCAGCGCCGCCCGCCACCCGACCCCGCUGGGCAGGUGGCUGAGGCCCGAGCACCACACCGCUGGGCAGCGCCAGGCCGGGCUGCUGUGUCCACAGGCGGGGCCUCGGGGCGCUGGGCUUCCGCCCGAGGCUGGGACCGCAGGCCUCUCUCCCCCUCUGUCCCGGCCUUCUGGCGCUCUCUGUGGCUCCAGGCCCACAGAGCCUGGAGUCGCACCCUGGAGUCUCGCCGGGGCCUGCUCCCUGCCUGCCGAGGACAAUUGACUCCCAGGCCCCUCAACCUCUCGUGUCAAACACCAGGGGCGCCCAGCUGUGCCCCAGCCCUCGGCUCUCCCAGGUCCCCUGGGGGUGCCGCUGCCCCACCCGCCCGUCCUCUGCCUUCUCCCCGGUGGGCGGGGCUGGAGAAGCUACAGACACCGGCCACCACCCGCCCUAGCAGCAGGGACAGCCCACGCUCAAGGAGUGUGUACCUCGUUCAACUUUGCCCCCUAGUACACGGCCCAGCCACCUGCACCCCUCAGAGCCACCCCGCCCCGCCCCUUGAGCUUGCUCCAGCUCCCAACGGUCGCUCCUGAGACUUAAGUUAUUCUUCCCGACAGGACUGGUUCAUCGGCGGGGCGGGGUGGGGCGGGGCGGGGCUGGCCCGGCCCAGACUGUGAAAUAAACGGUCUGACUCCCGUUGCCCUGGGUUGUGUGUGCUGUG